AUGGACCCGAAGCUAUCCGCCAAGCUCUUCCGACAGCGCGAAAAGUACCGCGCCGAUCUGGUCACCGCCCUCGUGGAGGACGCAGAUCCACUCGCGGCCUACGACUCAUUCAUCAAGUGGACGGCGGAGAACUACGGCGAGCACCUCGCGGCAUCGGGACUGCUGGAGCUUCUCGAGGAGGCGACGCGGUACUUCGUCGCCGACGAUGCGUACAAGAGUGACUUGCGGUACCUGAAGCUCUGGCUGCUCUACGCGAGCCAUGUAGAAGAUCCCACGGUGAUCUACGCGUUCGUGCUCUCGAAGGACAUCGGCAAGAUCUAUGCGCAGACGUACUGGGAAUACGCAGAUGCGCUGGAACGCAAGGGAAAGCGACCCGAUGCAGAUGCAGUGUAUCAGAAAGGUCUAAAGCGUCGUGCAAGACCAGUCGAUCCUCUCAAACGUCGCUACGAAGAGUUCAAGACCCGCACCUCGCCCCCACCACCCAAGUCCACCUCCACACUCUCAUGGGAAGAUGCUCCGCCAGAGGUCCGUGCCUUGCGUCGAGCUCCCCUCAAGAACCAUGCGUCCUCCGCCGCCGCCGGCCCAUCCUCUUCUGGCCCGUCCGAUCCGUUGUACAACCCCUACGCCCUCAUGCUCGCCCCACCUCCACCGGGCAAACGGAAAGAGAAGCUCCGCUUUGACUUCUCCCUCCUCUUCACGAAGGAAGGCCAGGAGUACAGCAUGCAAGAGGCACGGGCGCGCUCCAUGGGUCUCCUUGGCAAGAAGUGGGGGCCGCCGCCUGCCUCCGGCCGCGUCGCCUUCUCCGACGCGCCUGGCAAGGGCCAGAAGACGAUGACGCGCAAGUUCGCGGGCGCGGAGCCGACGGUGACGCUCGCGACGAAGGAGGCCCUCGCGGACGUGUUUGGGAUGUACAACUCGCCGGAGAAGUCGAUGCGUUUUGGGCCCGCGGCGGGGAGCAAGCAUGCGCCCGUGAGGAAGAUCGAGCCGGUCACGCCCAUUCCGAUGCCCAUGCUUCGCUCGAUGAGCAACGAGAAUGCCGACGGUGCCUCGAAGUCGCCAUUCCGGCCGUUUGUGGAUGAAAAUGCGCAGCGAGAGAACAAGACUCCGGGACCUGCAGCCACUCCAAAGAUCGUACCUUUUGUUGACCCGGAGAAUGCGGAUAGCCACGCUCGUCCAACACCAUCCGGUCGUCCCGCGCUCUCUCUGAAAGAUCCCGGUGGUCUUCCUUUAGGUGCUCGGAACGACGAGAACGCGGCGGGUGCGAGGGAGAAGAUUACCGUUCACAUCGACGGCGAAGCACACAGACCAUCUCCCGUGUUCACUCCGGCCUCAGCAACCUUUCAAAGUCGACAAGACAUCUUCGGAGAAGGAAACGUCUUCCGACCGCCGCAAUCGGCUGGAGUGCCAAAGAUCUUGCCCUUUUCCGACGAGAACGCGCCAAGGGUGUUUAGUUUGCCUCCUCUGAAGGGUGAAAACGCUCCACCACCAGUGUUCACUCCCUUCUUUGACAAGGCGGAGAACAGGAAGACGCCGCUUGGCCCGACCUCGUCCUCUAGAGCCGUCCUAGGAGAAAGGGUCCCUGUCUUUUCCCUGCCGACAGAGCCAGAGCCAGCCGUCUAUGAAGAUGAGCCUGAGCCAAGACAGGACCCGGAGCCUAUCACGCCCUCCACGAGCGAAUCCGACGCAGACGCUUUCUCACAAUACGACCCCGAGCAUGGCAACGACCGGGACGCUUUCACCAGCGAGAGCUCAGAAGACGUCGACGACGACGAGGGAUUUGCAGUCUACGAGCAGCCAGACGAGGACCAGUUCGAGGAGCACAUACCACCCCAAGGAGACGAAUUCGACUUCGACGGCGACAACACCGACGGCUACCGCGCUGCCCCGCUGGGUGGGCGGUUCGGCCAGUUCAACGUCAUGACUCCGAUCGUCGAGCGCACCUACGAGUACACCAUGAGCACUCGAAAUCACGGUACGCCUGGCUUCACCAUCCAUCGUGACGCCGACGCGGUGGAAGCUGCGGAACAACUGGCCGCGGAGCUGCAGGAGGUAGAGGAAGAGGAAGAGGAAGAGGAAGAAGAGGUGGCGAAUAUCGAAGAGCGGACUGGCACGCUCAGUCUUGCCGAUGCACUCGGAGUUGCCUCGUCAUUCAAGCCACCGAAUCCGUGCAAUCCGUUCGACCCGACAAUCCUAUCGACGCUCCUCAGUAUGAUCCCCACCGAAUCCGGAUUCCACGACCUGCGCAUCAAUGACGCGAACCAGUUGGACGUAUUGCAGAAGUUUGCAAAGAAGAAAACGCGACGCGCGAGCGGGAAUUCGACUUCGAACAUCGAACGCCUCGAGAUCCAGAUUCACGAUCGUCGCUUCGCGGUUGUCGACAAACUUGGUGAAGGCGGCUUCGGUGCCGUUUUCGAGGCUGUUGACUUGGACCUCAAGAAGAAGCAUUCUGAGGAUGACGAUGAGGAUGACGAAGACGAUGAUGAUGACGACGACGACGACGAAUCGAAUCGCGUCGCGCUCAAAGUCGUCAAGCCGCGCAACCUGUGGGAGUACCACGUUCUUCGCCGGAUCCACAACGCGCUUCCCACAGAGCUCCGUCGAUCCAUUAUCUCACCACAGGCGCUGUACGCGUUCCGCGAUGAGUCCUUCCUUGUCCUCGCGCUCCGCAAGCAGGGCACGCUUCUCGAGAUCGUCAACCGCGCCGCCUCCGCCGGAGUGUCGCAGCACGGCGGCUCCCUCGACGAGCUUCUCGUCGUCUUCUUCACCAUCGAGCUCCUCCGCGCCCUCGACGGCCUCCACCGCGCCGGCCUCGUCCACGGCGACGUCAAGAUCGACAACUGCCUCCUCCGCCUCGACGACGUCCCCGGCCCCGCCUCCGCCUGGACCGCCGUCUACGACCCCACCGGCGGCGGCGGCUGGUCGCACAAGGGCGUCGCGCUCAUAGACUUCGGCCGCACGGUCGACACCCGCCUCUUCCCCGCCGGCCAGCGCUUCGUCGGCGACUGGCCCACCGACGCGCGCGACUGCCCCGAGCUGCGCGACGGCCGGCCGUGGACGUUCGAGCCGGACUACUUCGGCCUCGCCGGCGUCGUCUUCUGCAUGCUCCACGGCAGGUACAUCGACGACGCCGCGCUCGCCGCGGCGCCGGAGGACGGCGGGCGCCGCCUGAAGCUCGCGACGCCGUUCAAGCGGUACUGGCAGGGCGAGCUCUGGACGCGCCUCUUCGACGUGCUCCUGAACCCCGGCCUCGCCCGCCCGGACGGCCGCCUCCCCGUCGCAGACGAGCUCGCGGUGAUCCGCGGCGAGCUCGAGGCGUGGCUCGUCGCGAACUGCAACCGGGCGAGCAACAGCCUCAAGGGCCUGCUCAAGAAGGUCUCUCUCGCCGUGCUCGGCGGCAAGGACGCCCGGUGA